CUGUGGUUUCUGUGCGUUACUGCCUGGUCAUCCGUCGCAGCUGCAGCAGCCCAGCCGGUACACAGGGAAGGAAAGAGGAUCGCUUCUGCACCACGAGCCUCGAACCUCUUCGGCACUUUCCGAACUGAGACACCAGCCGUCGCAGUAGCCAGAGCUGACAAGGCGACUGGACCAGGAGAAAUCACAAAAAUAAAGCACCAGCUAGACCAAGAGCCAACCCGCGGCAGGACCAAAGCCCAAAGGGGACCGACAGCGUAGAGGAAGAGGAGUGCAUCUGUCACCCAGCAGCUCAAAAGUCAUGAGCCGAAGGGUUGUACGCCAGAGUAAAUUCCGCCAUGUCUUUGGACAGCCAGUGAAAGCCGACCAAUGCUAUGAAGACAUUCGGGUAUCUAAGGUGACAUGGGAUAGUAGUUUUUGUGCUGUCAAUCCAAAGUUCAUAGCCAUCAUUGUAGAGUCAAGCGGAGGAGGAGCUUUCCUGGUCCUGCCACUUUCUAAGACUGGCCGAGUGGAUAAGAAUUACCCCAUGGUGAGCGGCCAUACUGCACCAGUGCUCGACAUUGACUGGUGCCCCCACAAUGACAAUGUGAUCGCUAGCUCCUCGGAUGACACAACCAUCAUGGUGUGGCAGAUUCCUGACUAUGUGCCACUGCGUUCCAUCACAGAACCUAUUGUUACAUUAGAAGGCCACUCCAAGAGAGUUGGAAUCGUUUCAUGGCAUCCCACAUCUCGGAAUAUCUUACUUAGUGCAGGUGGUGAUAAUAUGAUAAUAAUCUGGAAUGUGGGAACUGGGGAACCACUAAUCACCCUAGACGAAAUGCAUUCUGAUCUCAUUUACAAUGCAUGCUGGAAUCGGACAGGUAGCCUCAUCUGCACCGCCUGUAAGGACAAGAAAGUGCGUGUCAUUGAUCCCCGCAAACAAGAGAUCAUUGCUGUGAAAGACAGACCACAUGAAGGAGCCCGUCCAGUCAGAGCCAUUUUUAUGUCUGAUGGUAAAAUCUUCACCACAGGAUUCAGCAAAAUGAGUGAUCGGCAGCUGGCUCUGUGGGACUUGGAAAAAUGUGCAGCUCAUGAAGGCAUCAGGCCUAUGCGGGCUAUUUUUACUCGUGAGGGCUUCAUCUUCACUACAGGCUUUACCCGGAUGAGUCAGCGAGAGCUGGGCCUUUGGGACCCGAAAAACUUUGAUGAGCCUAUAGCCUUACAGGAAAUGGACACAAGUAAUGGAGUGCUUCUGCCUUUCUAUGAUCCAGACUCGAACAUCGUCUACCUAUGUGGCAAGGGAGACAGUAGUAUUCGAUAUUUUGAGAUCACAGAUGAACCCCCUUAUGUCCAUUACCUGAGUACAUACAGCAGUAAGGAACCCCAGCGAGGAAUAGGCUUCAUGCCCAAACGAGGACUGGAUGUCAGCAAAUGUGAAAUUGCAAGGUUUUACAAGCUACAUGAGAGGAAGUGUGAACCAAUCAUAAUGACAGUACCAAGAAAGUCAGACCUGUUUCAGGAUGAUCUGUAUCCAGAUACAGCUGGACCAGAACCGGCACUGGAGGCAGAGGAGUGGUUUGCUGGAAAAAAUGCUGAGCCUGUUCUUAUCUCUCUCCGGGAUGGCUACGUACCUGUGAAAAACCGUGAACUGAAGGUCAGCAAGAAAAACAUUCUGGACAAUAAACCUCCCCAGGGACCCCGGAGAAGCUACUCCACAACAGACACAAACUUGUCAAAGGUGACCUUUGAGGAACUCUUGGAAGAAAUUAAGUCUCUGAAGAUCACAGUGCUAGCUCAAGAGAAACGCAUAUCAGUAUUAGAAAACAAACUUUCAAAAUUCACAAAUGGCACAGACUAAAAAAAGUCCACUUUUCCAAGUAUCCCAGAAUGCACUGCUGAACGUCAGAAUGGCAUCUUUUGUUAAUCAGGUUUGCUGAUAAGCAUUUGAAGUUUAGCCACUGGACCCAGUUUGAAAACAAUUGUAAAUAAUUCAGAAUCUAAUUCACAUAGCAUGAAUUAGAUUUUGCAGACAUUUUUAAUCAUUCUGGGGCUUUAUUUUGGAGCUGUAAUAAACUGAAUCAACAUUUGGACCCUGUAUUUUUCCCUAUGGCUGACUACAGUCCAUGGUCUUCUGUACAGGAGAGUCACCAUUUAUGGUUGCCACUACUGCUGGGUCAGACGUCUCAUUUUUAAAUGUUUUUUGAGUGCAGACUUUUCUAUCAGUACAGUUGGCUUUGUAAGGAACAGAGAACACCCUGAAAUCUGAAUCUGCUCUUUUAAAUGUUGCAUUCAUGAGCAAUAUGAAAUAAUAAUAUGCAUAAUACAAGCUGUAUUGUCACUUGGUAGCAGUCUUCCAGUUAUCUGUGUUCUAGAUUAAUUUAUUAUUUUAGAAAAAAUGGCAUGUUGAAAUUUAUCAGUAGUUUCUGAAACCCAUCACUUGGAGUUUAGUAAUUUAAAAAGUACAGACAGCUGGAGUGCAGAAUAUGUAAGUUAUAUCUCUAGACAUAACUGCUGUAGUGGGGAUUUUGUGAAAUUAGUGAAAGCCUUGUGUGUUCUGUGUGUCGGAGUCAUGGAACACCUGUGUAAUUCUCUUGCUUACAGGAAGCCUAUAGUUUGUAUGGUGUCAUCCUGCAGAGAAUCUAAGCUUCAGAAAUGAUCUAGAAUUGGGUUUGCUGAUAAAUUAACUGUUGUGCAAAAGAGCACAUUUUGACCUAAAUCUCUCAAACAGUUUGAAGUUUGAGAGACUUUUUACACAGGUACAGCUUAAUUCAAAAACAACAGUACAUUAAGAACAUAAUGGAAACAGAUUCUGGAACUUUAAGACGAAUUCUGAUUGUAAUACAAAAGGUAUUCUGUAAGCAAGUGAAAUCUAAGCCAAAGAAAUUAAUUUGAUGUAUAUAGCAAACAAACUCUAAUUUGAAUAUGCAAGCCAGUAUUUUCAGCAAAACUUUUUUCUUUAUCCAUACUUUGUUACAGUUCUGUUUUUCACUGAUCACAUAGUUAGUAUUAAGAAUUCAUCAUAUUCAUUAACAAGCAGCUUGUUGCGGGAUAGAAGGUGGUCCAUGCUAUAUUUUCGGGGCUUUGUUAUACUGUUUCUUUGUUCUAUUCCAAAGCAAUGUGGUUAGCCAGAGCAAGCUUUUGCCAAAAUAUUUAAGAUGGUAUUAUCCAACACCAAAUACACAGUGUGAUGUCUAUUCAGUUUGCUAGAAGCGACUGACACUGGAAACUAGAUUGAGUGUGAUUUCAGAUUAAAUGCACGUGAUGAUCUUUGUGUACUGAGAUGGUGAGCUGGGGUUAUUGAACAACUCAGCGGGGUAUCGUGGUACUAGAAUAGGGUAUCAUCUGCAACAGUUGGUGGGAGAUAUUGUUAUCUCUGUACAUACUACUCGUGGCAUCCUGUCUGGAUUAUUUAUUUUAAAAUUCUUGCCACCAUAAUAUAGAAGGGACAUUUACACUACAUAGAGGAGAGUAGUCAAAGUAAAAGAAACAGAAGCUUCAUUGAAUCCCUAAGAUGCCAGGCCAGAGUCAUGAGACACACGUUCUGUAUUUAUUGGAGACACAGGUUGUGACAGAGACUUAGAUAUACCUUAUUACAAGUUAUAAGAGGGAAUAUUUCUCCUUUUAAGAAGAAAGUGCCCUGUACCAUGAAAGCAUAGUAUGAAACUUUAAUUGAAAAACAAAUUAUGAAAGAUUUGAGGAGGCUGUUUCUCACGGAAAGAUUAGUGGAUGCCUUAAACAUGAACUAUCUUUACGUAGAAUGUAGUGCAGAGUUAAGCUAUGCAACAAACAAGCACAAGGAAUUCCUGGAAGUGGGGAUGGGUGAGCUUUGGAUAUACAAGAAAAUAAUCCUAAGGGGAAAAAAAAAAAAACAACAAAACCACAAUCCAAAAAAAUAACAAUCAUAAAUAAAC